UAAACGUGUGUGCAUGUGUGUACGUGAGUGCACACAUGAGUGCGUAAUUUUUUUCUCCCGUCGCGAGAUUUAUAUGCGAUCGUCCGGUAAACGCUUCUCUACUCUAGCGGUGCAAGUCGAUGCGAAGUUCCGAUAAAACGUCUCCCACAUAACGUGUAACUUCGUCUCGAUAUACAAUAAAUGUAAAAAAAAAAAAAAAAAAAACAAAGGCGAAAGAUAACCUGUCCCCCGUCAAGGCAAACGCUGCUGUAAAUAACGCCUCCUGCCUGUUUUUUCUGGCUCGCUGCGAUAGAGCCGGCGGUUUAAAUUAAUUCGCGUGUCUGCGGCAUUUCUCUCCGUGCCGUCUCGACCCCGCGGGGUCUCUCUCGUCACGAGGCCUGUCCUCACGCGGUGCACACGUUAGGUCACGCGCAAAGAAAAAUAAUCCUUCAACCGAUAACGUCUCCCGAACUCAUUGGCUCGCGUUGGCUCGCGUACUCGUUGAAUGACAAACAGUGAUAACGUAGGUUAUCCGCAAUAACCGCUCCUAGAAGUAAUCGAGUAUCAGUUAAAAGUAACGUUUGCUGUAAUAUACUGAGAGCCUAUAUUGCUCGCAAGAGAACCGUGUGAAACGAAGAGAGAACAAAAGCCGUGCGGUAUGGCAACGAAGAUAGUCGUUGUCGGUUCGUGCAUGAUUGACUUUACCUGUUUCUCUCCACGGUUGCCCAAACCUGGCGAGACAAUAAUCGGGACUAGAUUUGAACAAAAAUACGGUGGUAAAGGCGCUAAUCAGUGUGUGGCAGCUGCUAAGCUUGGUGGAUCCACAGCACUUAUUGCUUCAUUAGGCUCCGACACGUUCGCUCAAGAAUACUUAAAGAUUUUAAGAAAGGAAAAUAUAGACGCAUCUUGCGUGAAGAUACAGAGCGAUAAGCACAGCGGUGUUGCUCACAUUGUCGUUGCUGAAAAUGGUGAGAACAGCAUCGUUAUCGUGUUAGGUGCGAACGAAUCGCUGACUCCGAAACAUGUGGAUUCCGCCGUUGACGCGAUCAGAAGCGCGAGCGUUUUGUUGUGUCAGUUCGAGGUGCCGCUGGAAGCCACGCUGCAUGCGUUGAAGUUACAUCAGGGUCACGGGGGACUUUCGAUUGUCAACGGGGCGCCCGCGCUGGAAAAUCCUGACCCGGAAAUUCUCAGAUUAUGCGACAUUUUCUGCGUCAACGAGACGGAGGCGGAAGUUAUGACGGGCAUUCAGGCUGUAAACCCGUCGAACAUACAGCAAGUUGUGGAUAAGCUCCUGGCUAAGGGGUGCAACGCGAUCAUCCUUACUCUCGGACCGCUCGGAGCUGCGUACGCGUCGAAGGUGGACAGAAACGUCACGCUGAUUUCCACUACCGAGGUCCAACCUGUAGAUACUACCGGUGCCGGCGAUGCAUUUUUGGGCGCGCUCGCAUAUUUCAAGGCGUAUCAUCCGCAUCUGCCGAUGGACGAGUGCAUCAGGAGAGCUUGCACGGUCGCCACGCGGUCCGUUCUCAAGUCCGGCACGCACGCGAGUUUUCCAACGAGUAACGAUUUGCCGGGAGAUUUAUUUGUAUAAAUAAGGAGGCAGUUACCUCGCGGUGUGUUAUUUACAAAUCUGAUAUUUUAUAUACACAUGUAUGAAAUCUCUGUUUUGUGAAAUCUUUUUAGAUUGAAUAUUUGCAGAAUAUGUAUGUAUAUAUAAAAGUAAAUAUCAAGAGUUUUAUGUA